AGGGCUCGGCGUGAUUCCCAUUCACUCCCCACUCGUCGAGCCGAGCAGGGCGAGAGGAAGAUGACCAACCUCCGCCGCCGCUCGCGGCCGCCGCUGGACGACGACGACCUGCUCUCCGAGAUCCUCCUCCGCCUCCCCCCGCAGCCGUCCUCCCUCCCGCGCGCCUCCCUUGUCUGCAACCGCUGGCGCUGCCUCGUCUCCGACCCCGGCUUCACCCGCCGCGUCCGCCUCCACCACCGCCGAAACCCUCCCCUGCUCGGCCUUUUCUACCGAAACUUUCGCCACAUCUGCUUCGUGCCCACUCCGGACCCUCCCAACCUCGUCCCGCGCGAACGCUUCCUCCUGCAAUUCGACAAGGGCGACGACGGGUUCGUGAUCCUCGGAUGCCGCCAUGGCCUCGCGCUCAUCUACCACGCGUCGCGGGGCCAGCUCCUGGUCUGGGACCCCGUCAACGGCGACAGGCACCGCCUUGACAUUCCCCCGGGGUUCGAGACGAAGGAGACCUACAUCCACGGGGCUGUUCUUCGGGCUGCCGGAGAUGCCCGCCACUUUCAGGUGGUCCUGGUAGGCAACGACGAGAAACAGUAUACACGAGCGCUCGCCUGCGUUUACUCGUCGGAGACCGGGGCAUGGGGCAAUCUCAUCUCAACUCUGUUUCCACCCAAGCCCAAGGACUGCAGGAGCCGCCUUCCCACCAUGAUUGUUAUGUCCAUUCCUGGUGUCCUGGUUGGAGAUUCCCUUUACUGGAUCCUUACUGAAAGUUCACCCAGCAUCCUUCAGUUUGAUUUAGGUAGGCAGAGCCUAGCUGCGAUACCGGUGCCAGUGGAUGUGUUUGCCAAUGGGAAUUGCCACUUCACGGUUAUGCGAGCAGAGGAUGGUGGGCUUGGUUGCCUCUUCCUGUCAGGCUUCAACGCCCAAUUCUGGAAGAGGAAGACUGAUUGUGGUGGCGUUGCAUCAUCAUGGGUGCUGGGACGAACUAUCGAACUGGACAAGGUACUCCCCAUGAAUUCAGAGGAAGAGAGAGGGCCCCUAAUGAUGCUUGGCUUUGCUGAGGACAAUAAUGUGGUUGUCGUGUGGACAAUUGCUGGUGUCUUCAUGGUCCAGACUGAGUCAUUGCAGUUCAAGAAGCUUUUCGAAGCCAACAUCAUUCAAAGUUAUUAUCCAUUCGAAAGUGUCUAUACUGGAGAAACACGCAUUGGUGUUGGAAAUGAAGGUGCUGAACUUUUGCUCAGUGGAUAACAUGACUGUCUGGUUAGAAAUGCUAUUUGAUCUAUUGGUUGAGCAGGUGUCUGGAGAUUACAUCCCAGUGGCUGAGAUGCAGGAUGGCUCUUUGGGUUACUGUAGGUUCUUCCAUUUUGUGUGUUGUAUGCAUGAGAUUGCUUGACCUGUUAUGUUUGUAGCUUGCUGGAUGCACCGGUUAGGUGUAAAGUGGGCAUGUACGAAUUGAUCAAUUGCUCAGGUUGCUAACUCCCGUCUGUUACUAUCUAGAUCUUGUAGACUCCCGUCAAUUAGCAUGGAGGCGCAUUGACUUGUCUCGAUUUUAUUUACAACUCUGUGAUUUUUCAUUUAACCUGCUUCA